GGAAAUGCGACAGAGCGCAUAUCGUCUGAGACAAGGCUGGUGCCAGGCUAGUGCAAGGCUGGUACCAGGGUGCACGCAUGGCCCGUGCCCACACGUUGUUACUUCGCUUUGUUUGUAGACUAACUUUCAACAACCAAAACACUAUUAUGGCGCCUCAGGACUAUAAACCAGACUGCCUGCCUCACUUAGAAUUCCAGUUCGAUCCUGAGAGGCCCCUCCGAACGCAAUUACUUGUGGCCACUACUGUUGGACGGAGGGAGUGGUCGUAUACGGUGCUUGACAGGCAUCUUUCCUCACAACACGGCAAAGCUGCGGGAUGGUGGUGUGGAACCGAAGCCCCGCAAAGCCCGGACACAGUACCGAUUGAUAAACCUGUCACCAUGUACGAGGCAAACAAGCUGGCCACAGCCAAGCCGGGCGCAAAGCCGGGACACAGCGGCUACUGGAAGCGGUCUUCCAAGGCGUACAUGCAAUUGGGCGGCUGGGCCGCCAUCCAUUCCACCCCUCAGCUCUCGGCCUACGCGGAUUCCUUUUAUCAGCCUUCCAUGACCACGCUGGUCGCUGCGCUCGACGCUCUGGAGCUGCAGGGACCAGCUGGACCAGCCACAGGGUCGGCAGUACCAUCAGCAGCAGCAUCGUCAGCGGCAGCUGCUGCCGCCCCCACCCCGCUGGCCGCACACCUGCCCGGGCCCUCCAGCUCGGCACUCACUGUCCCUUGGGUGGACCUGUCAUAUGCGGCCGUACGGCAGCAGCGGGAGCGCAUGGACCUCCAGUCUGUUCGUCGCCGGGCCGGUGGGGGCUUUGGGGAUGUGUACGUCAUGUCGCUUGAGGACAUGUCCGCUGGGCAGGGAGAGGUGGUGGUGAAGCUAUACCGGCGUGUCAUAGAGAAGUCAGGGGACGUUGCGGCUGAUCGCAGCGCGUUGGGCAAUGCCAUCCGUUGGGGAUUGCAGUGCGCGCGCCCUGACGUCCUGCCGCUGAGGGGCCUGGUGCGUGAUGUGUCAGGCGAGGCGGUGGGCGUGAUUUAUGAGCACUUUCCAUCCACACUUGAGCGCUGGAUCACAGCAAAAGAUGAAAAGGAGCGGCCAUCAAAAUCGCUUAGCCAGCUGUGCGGCGUGCUGCGUGAUGCGGCUGUCGCCACCGAGUACCUGCACUCGCUAGGCUACAUUCACCGCGACAUUAAACCGGCCAAUAUCCUGGUAAGUUGGCGCUCCUGUUAACGAAGUGCGCAUUCUGGGUUGUAGCUUUGUGGUGAUCAAAUGUGCUUGUGAUCUCAUUGCAGGUCACAACGGAAGGCCGCGGCGUGCUGGGCGACCCGGACCUCAUCACGGCAAGGAAGCAGGAGCGGGGGCAGGCGGGCACACAGGGCUUCCGUCCCCCGGAGGGAGAAGGUGGCGUGACGGGUCCUGAUGCGCGGCACAGCUACGGAUUCGACGUGUACAGCAUGGGGAUGGUGUUGUACGUCUUGAUGGUUGGUAAACUCCCUGCGGAAGAUGCCAAUCUGCGGAAUGGGAUAACAAUGAGCAUGGAUGCUCGGAAGCGUUUCUGGGGCACCCUGGACCAGGCUCCAACUGGAGCGGCGGCAUGCACGGAUGCAAUGGCCAGGCUAGUACAGGUGUGUUGCACAAAAUCACCGGGUGAACGACUAAAGAAUGAAAACGCAAGUGAAAAGACGGUAAUGGCGCGGUUUGUGUUCGAGCUAGACAAUGCACUGGCUAUGCUGCACAAGUGAGUUGGUGCUGUGGCUUUAGCGAGGGCUGCGGAAUCCAAUAGAGGAG